UCAAUAUGGCGGUCUCGUUGCUAACAUAAACAACAACUGACUUUCGACCUGGGAAAUGGUCAAACACAAAGUUACAGUGAAGUUUGGACCGUAUAUGUCAUGUGGAAUAGUUGAACAUCGAACUGCGCGUUUGGAGGGGCUUCAAGCGCUCUUGAGAAGUGAGGGACACACAGUAGAAUUUGUCAAAACUCGUGACAGAGAUGACGUUGAACUGGUAGUUCACGGGGAAAUAAUUUAUCGUUGUAAAAUUCAGACGCUUCAGUACGGGGGUGAUGGAAAACUUGAUCCAAUAUGUAAAGAAGCCCUUGCAGCAGUCAACAAAGCCUACUAAAUGAAUCAUUAUCUGAAUUAUAUUUACCUGAUAAGAAGUACUUGACUUUUUACAAAAUUGAUGUUAAUAAUUCAGAAUUAACCCUCUGCCCUCUAAGAGUGGCUAGCUUUCUCAUUACAGUAUCAUCCCUGAAUCUCACAUGAAGGUCACAAAAAAAGAGGAAAUUACCAUUAACUUAAGCUGCUCUUGAUUUUUAAACAAAUUCUCCUUGUCAGUACCUU